AUGGGUUGGGGCUGGGACGCGGCGAAGUUCUUGGCGAAGUCUCUGCUCGUAUCGAUGCUGGCGGGGAUGGUGAUCAAAUUUAGUUUCGAGGGACCGGUCACCAGGAUGAUCGAGGACCCGGUCGACAGGACGAUCACAGGGAUGAUCGAGGGGCCGAUCAACAGGAUGAUCACAGGGACGAUCCGGGGACCAGUCACGGAGCUGGUCUAUGGCCCGAUCCGAGAAACGGCCGCGUGGUUCGCACGGAUGUUUCCUCGCAUCGCAAAGGUGCCAAGAUCUGGAGAGCCCGCCCCCACCGGCAACGAUGCUCAUCGAUCCAAGCCCAAGCUCCCGCUGCCGGAGCUUGGCAAGGGAAAGGAGGUGCCGUCCCGGACGAGCCAAGCCUUCAUGAGGGUUCCGUGUUCCAGGAUGUGCACCGCUCGUGCCGCCGAGUCCUCUCACUCUCCUUGACGAUGGCCUCUGUCCUUU